CUUACUGAUCGGCUGCAAAUUGACGGUCACUCCAACUUGCAGAGAAAUGUCAUUCCAUGCAAAGCGGUUUUGAGAUUAUUUAUGCAGUAUUCACAAGUCAGUCUGUCUGUCCCCAAGUUCUCGAACCAGGGCUGUUUACUGUUAACCACCAUGAACACCUCGGUCACUUCAGCUUCUGUAUUGUUCUCUUCAUCCUCCUGUCCAGGUCAGUCCUUUGCAAAGGUCAUUCAAGUCCAUCAGUCAACUCUCUCCUCCCAUUGCUUCCAUCGUGUCUCCGCCAUUUGGGAACCACAGCCCUUCUGGCUCCAAGAAGGAAAGGUGGAGUUUCACAGGCUCCAAUAUUGUAAAUGAGACGUAUGGGGCAGUGGUUCUUCCCUCCAAGUCGUCUGCUCAUUCACCAACCAGCAACAGCACGCCGCCACCACUGCCAGUUAAAACCUUCACCAGGGCUGUGUCCAUAGAUGGACAGAACAAACGAUGCUCCCUUGGGAAUGGUCCUGUACUUGCCCCAUCACCGAGUCAUGGGAUCUCACCUUCCAAAACUCCAGGAUGCCCGGCUGUCUUUUGGAGACACUCGAUCGGUGGAUCAACAGAGAUCUCCAGCUCUCAGACCAAGUCAAACUCUCAGACCAGAAUGGCCCAUCACUGGGGAAAUCAGACACCAGCUGAGGUGCCGGAUUUCAAGAGGCAGGGGUCAAAGAGUGAAGCGCCCCUUCAGAACGCAGAGCAACACCACCCCCCCAACCACCCGGUGCCAGUGUCAGAGCCGCCACUGCCAGUGAGCCCUAACCGUAUAACAUUCACUAGGAAACCCAGCAGAGAAGAGGGAGUAAAGAAGCCAAGAGGGGAAUAUCUCUCACCAACAGACUCGAGUUCAAGGAGUCGGGAAGAUGUUUAUAUAGUUCCAGAAAGCUCCAAACCAAUCCCUGUGCCGCUGCCGAGGAGGUCGUUUGGGGUAAAGCUGAAGCAGAAGAGAGUUAAAGCAAUCCUGGACUGUACAGCAGACCAUCCCGAUGAGCUGACCUUUACUAAGGGGGAGGUCAUUGUUGUGACUGGAGAAGAAGAUUCGUUUUGGUGGGUUGGACAUGUAGAAGGAGACAAAUCAAGAUCGGGAGCCUUCCCAGUGGACUAUGUCCAUCUCUUGUCUGAAUGAAGAGCUCACUGCUAAUAGGAGGAGUUUUGAGAGAACUUGACUUUGCAAACUACUCAGGAAGCCAUUCCGAAUGCUUGGGUUUCUCUGAUCAGACUUGGGACGAGGCAGGAUACCUUUGCUCAGGAUACCAGCUUGACUACCUUCUUACAGGAUGCCCUUUUGAGGAUAUCCUCAAAAAAAUCCUAUUCCCAUCGGUAUCAUUGGAGAAUCCUGGACAUUGCAACCAAGCUUGAAUCAGACUUUGGAGUUGUUUGAGUGUUGGCCAGGCCUCAGCCUUUGGUGUCCAACUUCUUAUUUUGUAUUUAGCACCUAAUCCUUUCCUGUAUCACCAUUUAUGGAUUUAUAAAAAUUGUCUUGGGCUGCAUGGAUUUUCGGUUAGCACAGUUGAACAAAGGCAUUUGAUGUCCAGCCUGAGCAAUAUAUUCCACAGGGGUAGUUUGGGCACGAGGUUGAAGAUGAUGGUAGGUAGAAUGCUGAGUGUUUGAAGGGUGAAGACACUAAAGGAUGAACCAGGCUUUACUGAAGAAAGUGAUAUGUAUUUGUGAGGCCAUGACUGACCAGGUUCCCUGCACCUAGACAGAGGGUGACAAAAAAAUUGGAACUCCAAAUCUACAGCAUGUGCACUGCAGUGAUCUAAGAAGGUGGCUCAUCACUACCUCCUACUUCACAGUAGUUAGGGAUGGGUAACAAAUGCUGGUUUUGGCAGGGAUGCUCACAUCCCAUUGAAAGAAUCAAAAUGAUUAGGAAAGGUGGAACCACAUACCAUGCAGAGACUGAAAACUUAUUGCGCAACUUUAAUGCAAAAUGGGAGCCGAAUGCUACAUGAAAUAGUCGGGUAGUAGGGUCUUGCAGCGUUUGAACUGAAAUGUUUAUUGCACGAGUUAAAUUGCUGGAUGUGGACUGAAUGUUAUAUGGCACAGUAUGGGAAGAAGAGGAAAAGGGAUAUUGGUAUAGGAAAACUAUAAAUGCAUCAAUUGAAGUUAAAUCUUUCAUACCCUCCAUUGACAAUGAAAGAUCAAACAUGCACCACAGUGUCUGGAAGCUACAGGAGUUUCGCAAAAUUUAAAAUUGUUUGGAGCAGGUCAUCACUUCUGCAUAAGAAGGAGACAACUACACAAGUGUGCGUGCAUUAAGUACACUCCCCAUUCUAAAAUCCUGCUUUUGACAGAAUGCUUCUGUUUGCAACUGCAUAAAUUAGAACAAGGAACGAUGAAUAAUUUGACCUUGGGAGAAUUCCAGUGUCACCUUGUUCUGGUUCUGUGACUUGAGGAUUCGCUGCAAUGUUUCUUUCUUUAUAGUAUGUUCAAAUUAACAACGUUUAAAUAAAUAUUGUCAAAAUAUUG